UCCAUGCGUGCCUUAUCCAGACAGAGAGCGUGAUGACGUCGAACAGACGUAACCUGACGUGCUACACAUCAGUCUCUCUCACUGGAUGUUUAUUGUUUGAAGCUUUGAGGCUGCAGUCAGUCAACAGCAGGUAGGAUGUUGCGGCUUCGCUGUAAGACCAAAAAUGGGAGCCACAUAAUGCAAGGCUUGACUCAUCAGUCCUGUGUGCAAGAGCUGAAGAGUAAGGUGGAGGAGCUGACUGGUAUCCCCUGUGAUGUGCAGAAAAUUAUGGUUGGUUAUCCACCCUCCAGCCUUGAUCUUCGAAAUGGAGACGCUCACCUCAAGGACUACCCCAUCAAAUCAGGAGACACACUCAUUGUCGAGGAAGAAAAAAACAAACCAAAGCCUCCUCAGGAUCAUCCCACUGUGACUAAAACACCACGCCUGGAAGCCUCACCCACGCUGGCACGUCGAGUGGUCCCAGCUGACAACUCCUGCCUCUUCACCAGUGUGUAUUAUGUGGUGGAAGGUGGUGUAUACGACCCCGCUUGUGUCCCUGAGAUGCGAGGCCUCAUCGCCCAGAUUGUGUCAAGUGACGCCGCAGCUUACUCCGAAGCGGUGUUGGGCAAGACCAAUGAGGAGUACUGCACUUGGAUAAGACGUGAUGACACCUGGGGGGGAGCCAUCGAGGUGUCUAUUCUGUCCAAGUUUUACCAGUGUGAGAUCUGUGUGGUGGACACUCAGACAGUCAGAGUGGAUCGAUUCGGGGAGGAUGCCGGCUACCACAAGCGUGUGCUGCUCAUCUACGACGGCAUCCACUACGACCCGCUGCAGAAAGAAACGCCCGGCUCCGACGCUCCGGCCCACACUAUCUUCUCCACCACGGAUGACGUAAUCCUGGCCCAGGCCCUCGAGCUGGCAGACGAGGCUCGCCGCAAGCGGCAGUUCACGGACGUUAACCGCUUUGCAUUGCGCUGCAUGGUGUGCCAGACGGGCCUGGUGGGACAAAAGGAAGCUCGUGAGCAUGCCAAGGAGACAGGCCACACUAAUUUUGGCGAAGUGUGAACACUGUUUUUGUCUUUUUCUCCCUCUCACAAAUAAAAACCACCACCAACCCCGUGCCCCACGUCUGGCAACUCUGUUGGUCUAUCUGUCAAUCUGCUUGUGUGAUCCUCUACCUCACAUUGUCCAGCGACAUCUAUGGAGAAUCUGCAGACAGUGUGUUCAGCCUCUAACCUGUUCAGUAUUACUUUUUAACUGCUGUCAGUUCUCAAAGUCAGAAACGCUACUGCAGUGCUCCGAUGUCUUUAAACCAUCAUUAUAGUCAGUUAGGGAUGGUUUCAAAUCUGUUCAACUGGGUCAAGUAAAAUAUGCAAACCAUUCUUACGAUUUGUUUUAAUCUCUUUUGAAUACUCGAUGGCUGGGUUAUAUUGAUAUAACAAACCAAAUAGCGACUGAUGUGUUGUCAAUUAGAAAAUGCGCCAAAUUGCCAAUACUUACCUGUGAGUGGCUAAACUUAUAUUUGAUAAAACCACGCUAUCUGGCUCUAGAAAGAGUUUAAAACUACCACUAAGAAUUAUUUGCACUAUAUGAUAUGAUCCUAUUCACUGUUGUCUUAAGCGCAGCACACAAAGUAUGACUGUUAUUCAUCACGUUGGUUAUGUAGCAUGUUUUUUAUUUCCCCAAUGUUGACAGAUGUAUGUCAGAAACACUUCCAAUACUAAAAAAACGGAUCAUUUGGUUAACUUUAGAUGUCUGAAUUGGUCAGCACAGUUGUGCUGUGUUAAUGCUAAACUGGAUUCAUCUUUAUACAAAUAUGACAUCUCUUUGAAUUAUUUGAGAUUGAGGUUUGAGAUUGAGGUUAUGCAUUUUGAAAUACAAUGUCAUGUUGCAAAUUGUGAUCCAAAAUUAGCCUAAUUACUUAUGUGGGACUUUAUCGUGUUUUUCCCUUUCCUUUUUUUUGAUGUUGCAAUGUGGUUUAUCAGUGAGCUUAUUUUAGAUUAGACAAAAAAAAGUAAUGGUGCUGAAAACAACACAUUUCACAAAGUCUGUUGCUGUUAUUCUUCAUGGGUACGACAGUAUUUCAGGAGUGUCAUUUUUAAUUCUAGUGUGUUCAUUUUCAAAUGUCAACAUGCUGUAUUUUUUUUUAAUGUUUUUUUUUGUUUCAUAUUACUGAAUAUUUUUGAAAAACACUAAGCGUGAUGAUGUGUUUGCGUGUUGGAUUUCAGAACACAAAUCAUGGUGAGAGGGAAGUGUACUGACUUGAAAUCUGAAAGGAGUGAGUGUAAGAUAUGCUAUAUGAGAUAAAUCCUGCUCACUUACUGCAUUUACUGUUCAGGUACAGUCCACAAUGUGUUUAGCUAAUCAGCAUUAAACAUUCAUCUUUGCAAUUUUAAAUUUUCCGUUCACAUUCGCAGCCUAAAAAUAUCUCUAGUCAGGGUGUAAAAACAGGGUGUAAACUAUGAGUAAAAGUCCAUUUUAUGGUUUAAUAUGUAAUGCAUGUUGUCCAAAAAACGUUCCACCGUAUGUUUCGUACAACUGGAGCAUGUUCUCACAUUUUCAGCUAAAGUCAGGCAUCAUCUCUUUACUAAUUCCUUUGAUAUGCACUGCCUAUAAGGAUGAAGCAUGCAUUUACUUAUGUUAAACCACAGCUCAACAGUGUUAAAAUGUUGUCCUUGAAGCACAGUUUAUUGUGGCCUCAUGUUGUACAGAACCAGUAUUUCUACUUCGCAUAUCUGUGAUGGUAGUAUUGGUACCGAGUUGUUGCCAAAAACAAUUAUUGUGGCCAACUUUUAGAGUUUUCUUUUUUAAGAUUAUAUUUUGGGCUUUUAUGCCUUUAAUAAUAGUGAUAGUUAUGAAAGGGGGAGAGAGAGGGGAUGACAUGCAGCAAAGGGCCACAGGUCGGAUUUGUCUUUUUUUCAGACUCCGAGAUGGCGCUGGGAAUUAACUAAAGGCAAAGCUUAAAUAUCAAAUAAUUUCUUUAUUUGAAUGUGAAUUACUAUUAUUUUUCCCCUCGUUUGUUACAUUCAGGUGGUUAAUUUCAUUUUUAACAGUGAUUAUGGAUUAGUCAGCUUGCAUAAAAGUGAAACUAUGAAAUGGCUUUGUUGUAUUUUGUAUUUACCAAGUUCUCAUGACUCUUCAAGGACAAUAACAAUGAAUGUUGCACACAAAGCACUACAGAAUAACUGGAUUUACUUGAUUUUUUUCAGUGUUGUCACAAUUAAAAGUUAUAACCGA